CAAAUCCAGGGUUCCCAUUUCGCUUCGGAUUCAGUUUUGCCAAGCAUGGCGCAAGAGGCGUCGGACCACCUCGACCUCAAGGAGCUUGAGGCCUUUAUGUCUGGUUCUGUGAAGCCCGAGGCGCUGCCGCUACCGCCUGGUUUUGAGGAGGGUCCCGACAUGGGCAGCUACAAGGCGAAGGAGUCGAAGGAUCCCUGGCAAUCAGGCGAGGACCCGUGGGGCGGCUACAAGGCCAACAAUCCCAACAAUGGGUGGAGCGCUGACGGCUGGAAGGCGGACGGCUGGAAGGCGGACGGCUGGAGCGCCGGCUGGAGCGAGAAGACGCCGGAGGCGCCAAGGCCAAAGGCGGCACCGCGCGCAAAUGGCAGUGCGAAUGGCAGGCCGGAGCGCGAUCAGCGCCUGGUGGGGGAGGAUUCGGCCAAGGUGGUCAUUGAACAGGAGGAUCCCUCUGCUGAGUACCUGGCUGUGACCUCCUGGGAUGAGAUGAAGCUGCCCAAGGAGAUCCUCGAUGGCAUCUUCGAGCUCGGCUUCGUGAGGCCCUCGAAGAUCCAGGAGUGGACGCUGCCCAUUGCGCUCAAAGGCGGCAACAUCAUCGGCCAGGCCCGGAAUGGCUCGGGCAAGACCGCUGCCUUUGCACUGGCGAUGCUGAUCGCGGUGGACUCGCGACAGCGGCAGCCGCAGGGCCUCUGCCUUUGCCCCACGCGGGAGCUGGCGGCCCAGAACCACGACGUGGUGUCCAAGCUGGGGCAAUUCACCGGCAUGGAUUUCCUGCUGGCAGUCCCAAGGGACGACCGGUUCCCCCGCAAGGUGGAGUCGCAGAUCGUGGUGGGUACACCUGGCAAGGUCCAGGACCUCAUGAAGCGGCGGACCAUUGAGCCCAAGGGCUUCCGAGUCUUCGUGGUGGACGAGGCAGACGUGAUGAUCGAUGAGGGCCAACAGAUGGGCCCGCAGGUGAUGCAGGUUCGGGGCAUGAUGCCGGAGAACCUUCAGGUGCUGCUCUUCUCGGCCACCUGGCCAGACCACGUGGAGAAGUUCGCGAAGUUGCUGGUGCCCAAGGCGAACACCAUCAAGGUGCAGAAAGAGGAGUUGACCUUGACAACCAUCACACAAACGUACAUAGAUGUGGGACGAGCGGACCAGAAGCCAGCGCAAUUGUCGGACUUGUAUGGUGCUUUGAACAUCGGGCAAAGCAUCAUCUUCGUCAACACGAGACACGGCGCCUUCGAGCUCGCGAAGAUGAUGAAGUCGGAGGGCCAUGCUGUUUCUCUGAUUUGUGGCACGCAGAAGACUGGCCCAGAGCGUGUGGACGUGUCCUUUAGGGACCGCGUCAUGGGCGAGUUCCGCAGCGGCGUGACCAAGGUGUUGAUCUCCACCGACGUGCUGGCUCGUGGGAUUGACGUGCCAGCAGUGACCCUGGUUGUGAACUACGAUCUCCCCAUGAGCUACAACAACCACGGCCAGCCCGACUUCGAGACCUACAUGCAUCGGAUCGGGCGGACCGGCAGGUUUGGGCUCAAGGGUGUGGCGGUGAACUUGGUCUCGGAUCGCGACCGGCAUCACCUCGACGCCAUCCAAAGCUUCUACAAGUGCGCCAUGACGAAGUUGAGCGGCGACUGCGAGGAGAUGGAAGGCCUAUUGAAGGGCCUGAGAUAACACGGCGAGCCGGGCGCGCCCCGCUUUGGGAUCCGGCGCUUAGAGUC